AUGGCGCCUUCAUUCGUUAUGGACACCUCUGAUGAUUUCGUCCUGCCCAGCAAGGCUGUCCCGCCGCAAGUUGCGAAACGAACCCUCUUGCUCUCGCCGCCAUCGUUGUCAUCCCACCAAGAAAAAUUGACCAAAGUGCUUCAGAUGCAUGAUCGAUCCGUUACCGACAUGCAGAUGCUAGAUCGUCUCGCCAUGGGCUUGGUCUCCUUACCAGAAGCUACCUACGAUGUAGUCAUGAUCCUGUCCGAUGCCGAUGACUCAAGACGCGAGAGCCUGUCACUGAUCAGUAGGGACGUCCUCUCUCUGUUAGCAAAAGCCAUGAAGGGCGGUGCCAUACUCCACAGCCAAGAUGGGUACUACGGUGCCACAGAGGGAGCAGAGAAGACGGAGGCGAUCCUUGCCGGACUCACUUAUGAAUCUGGUAAAGGAUUUGUCAAACCAGAUUACAGUGCUCAAGAAUCUGUUCCUCUACGAUUUGGCAAGAAGAAGGCCGUUGCAGAAGCCGCUGGAGGUGUGAAAAGCACAAGCGAUGGCUCAGUCUCGCUGCCUCUCAAUGGCAAGCGCAAGAGUCAGGAUAUGACUGACCAGUCGAUUCCGGCCGGAGUGGGCUUUGAUGAUGGCACUACCAAUGAAGUGGAGGACUCAGACGAUGACUUGAUCGAUGAAGAUGAGCUGAUGGCAGACGAAGACCUCCAAAGACCUAUCAAGAUUCCGAGCGAGUGUAAGCCGAAGGCGAAAAGGAGGAGGGCUUGCAAGGACUGUACCUGUGGUCUAGCAGCCCGCUUAGAAGCAGAAGAUAAGGCAAAGAGGCAGAAAGCGGAUGAUGACCUGAACACCAUGAAGCUCAAAGCUGAUGAUCUAGCUGAAGUCGACUUCACUGUGCAGGGCAAGGUCGGCAGCUGUGGCAACUGCAGUCUUGGAGAUGCAUUCCGUUGCGACGGAUGUCCGUACAUUGGUCUCCCAGCAUUCAAACCAGGAGAAGAGGUUACCAUUCUCAACAACGAGGUUCAGCUCUAA